AUGGAAAAUCCCUCAAAAAAACUGAAACACGAAGGACGUCCUGAACCAGAAAACGAGCACAAUAUCAUGGUCUCCGCUCUGAAGCGCAUAAUCGCAGGCGACACUGGUGAUGAUCAGGGUGCUACCUCUUCAUUUCCUUCAACUGGUACUACUGCUGGUGGGAGCAAGGAUGAGCAACUAGUCCACACAACCAUAUCUCUGCCUGCAGUUGCUGAAACGUGUCAGCAAUGCAAAAUUGAGGGCUGUCUUGGAUGCAACUUUUUCUCCGAUGAAAGAAAUGAACAGGACGACCCAAAGGAGAAGAAGAAGUACAGGGGAGUUAGGCAGAGGCCAUCGGGUAAAUGGGCAGCUGAGAUUUGGAACCCGGUCGGAGCAGAACGUGUAUGGCUUGGCACUUUCGAGACGGACGAGGCUGCUGCCAGAGCCUAUGAUGAGGGAGCCAUUAAAUUCCGACACUUACGGGGACUUAAAGCUAAGCUUAAUUUUCCAAUCUCAGACUAUAAUAUAAAUCAAAUCGUGGAACGUGAACAAAUCGAUAUAAAUGCAGCUGAACGCCAUACAGGAAACGAUGAACAACGCACAGAUGAUGCACAUGCCAGAUUCAACGAUAAACUGGGAAGCAUGGAAAAUCCCUCAAAAAAACUGAAACACGAAGGACGUCCUGAACCAGAAAACGAGCACAAUAUCAUGGUCUCCGCUCUGAAGCGCAUAAUCGCAGGCGACACUGGUGAUGAUCAAGGUGCUACCUCUUCAUUUCCUUCAACUGGUACUACAACUGGUGAGAGCAAGGAUGAGCAACUAGUCCACACAACCAUAUCUCUGCCUGCAGUUGCUGAAACGUGUCAGCAAUGCAAAAUUGAGGGCUGUCUUGGAUGCAACUUUUUCUCCGAUGAAAGAAAUGAACAGGACGACCAAAAGGAGAAGAAGAAGUACAGGGGAGUUAGGCAGAGGCCAUCGGGUAAAUGGGCAGCUGAGAUUUGGAACCCGGUCGGAGCAGAACGUGUGUGGCUUGGCACUUUCGAGACGGACGAGGCUGCUGCCAGAGCCUAUGAUGAAGCAGCCAUUAAAUUCCGACACUUACGGGGACUUAAAGCUAAGCUUAAUUUUCCAAUCUCAGACUAUAAUAUAAAUCAAAUCGUCGAAUGUGAACAAAUCGAUAUAAAUGCAGCUGAACGCCAUACAGAAAACGAUGAACAACGCACAGAUGAUGUAGAUAUAUAG